AUGGCAAUAGUCGUUUCUUGCAUGUGUCGAUCCAUUGAUUAUGAUGAAGAUGAUGCUGAUGAAGAUGAAGAAGAUCCUCACCUUCAAGCUGAUGAAGAAUAUUUGCAUAAUUAUAAAAGAAGCAAGAAACUAACUUAUCAGCCAAUGGAUCUAGAUGCGUUGGAAGAAGCUCGAAAAGAAAGAGAGAAGGAAGUGAAGAUGUACAGCCUUAUCAGAGAAAUAUCAGCAUAUUUCCUUUUCUUAUGGAUUAUUAUGAUUUUAAGCUAUGGUAAUAGAGACCCUAACAAUUUUUAUUUGCGAGAAGCUUUGAUAAAUGGUUUCAUCAAGCCUGGAGACUUGUGGGUGGAAUUCAACAAUGUUAAUACAGAAAAGCGUUUUUGGAAUUGGACUUAUAAUGCUUUGGUGCCUGAACUUUUUGCAUUACCAUGGUACAAUGGCAGAGAUCCACUAGGACUACGUUUGUAUUUGGAUGAUCGUAGCAAUUUAAAAAUAGGAUAUGCUGUUCUUCGUCAAGUCAGGAUACAACCAAGAAGUUGCAAAGUUUCUUGGCUAAUGGAAACUAUUACUCCUGAGUGUGCUGCUUUUGGUGGAGUUGUCUUCGAAGAUGGGACUUUGUACACUAAAGGAUGGAAAAGGGUCAGUUCAAAUGAGACACUUGUGCCUCCUGAGUACAAAUACCUGACAGCUUCCCAACUAAAAGGUUACCCAUUCUGGGGACAGAUGGAUUGGUAUGGUGGUGGUGGUUAUGUUGUACCUCUUGUUGCCACAAGGGAUAGUGGUGUCCAAGUGCUUCUUCAGAAACUUGAGAGAUUGGAGAGAGAAGGUUGGAUUGAUAAACACACUCGUGCAAUAUUUGUUGAAUUUGGCAUUUACAAUGCUCAAAUAAACCUUUUUUGUGCAGUUACAAUUCUUGCUGAGUUUUUACCCGGUGGUGGUGUUGUACCUUACUACCAAAUUGAUCCUCUUAGACUUUUAAAUUAUCACACUGGCUCUGGCUUGUUCCAGAUCAUAACAGAGGUCCUGUUUGUUGCUUUUACCAUAUUCUUUACUGUAAAGGAAUUGAGGUGUAUGAACCAAGAAGGGAUGGAAUAUUUUAAGCAGUAUUGGAAUAUUGCCGAAUGUGUCAGUAUUGUUGUUUCUUACACAGGCAUCGCAAAUCAUGUAUAUAAGUUGUUUGUCACCGCUGAAAUUUUGCGGAUUUUCACUGAAACAGAAGGCACUGGGUAUGUCAAACUCCAGGAGGCAGUGCUGCUUAACGAGCUUUUCUGCUACCAAAUUGGUCUGGUUAUGUCCAUCUCUACCUUAAAAUUCUUGAAGUUGCUACGUUUCAACAAACGCAUUGGAAUUUUAAGUAGCACUUUGAGAAUGUGUGCUCAGGAGUUGCAAAGUUACUCUGUCUGUUUGAUGGUAGUAUUCAUGGCUUUUGUCAUACUUUUUUGGCUUCUUCUCGGUAGAUUCGUCCGAGAGUUUUCGACAUUCAUCUAUUCUUUUGAAUCCUCAAUCAGCAUGAUGCUGAAGAAAUUCAAUUAUGAAGAUAUGUAUGCAGCUCAGCCAAUAUUUACUCCUAUUGCAUUUUUCACUUUUUCUCUUGCUACUGCUGUGAUCCUCAUCAAUAUCUUGUUAAGCAUAAUCAUCCGUUCUUUUGAGGAUGUGAAACAUGAUGUCAGCAUGCAGAGUAAUGAAUAUGAAGUUUUGGACUUUUUCAUCAACAGAGUGAAAAUGUAUACCGGGAUUGGCACAGCUAAGGUUAAGCCAUUGCCAAGCAUGUACCGUGACAAAAAGAAGCCGAAGGAUACUGUCUCUUCUUUUCCGGACAAAGUCGAUAAGUUGGUGGAUUUCAUUAAUGAUUUUUAUUUCGAUAACCAGAUGGAUUUCAACAGCAAAGAUUUUCUAAAAAAGAUGAAUAUGGAAACUUCAACUGCAAAGAUUGAGAGAAAAAAAGCAAAACCUGUGAAAGCUAUGAAAAGUAAAAUACCAAAAAGUUUGUCUGAGCGAUUUGAUGAUUUCUAA